ACCGCCCUUUGCGUGCGCGAGCGUCACAGUUGUAUCAUCAUGGAGUACGAAAAUUCAUUUUCACAACAGCUAUAACUUGUGGAGUAUGGGUUCAAAGGACACUUUAGCACGAUUUAACAACUGAAUGUAUGAUUGAAGAGAAGUUGGAGAGCAGUCCUGAACCUGAACGAUGAGGCGUCUGUCACGUAAAAAAGCCUUGAGCUUGGUGAAGGAGCUGGACGCCUUCCCCAAAGUGUCAGAGAGCUAUGUGGAGACCUCUGCUUCUGGAGGAACAGUAUCCCUCCUAGCUUUUACUGCCAUGGCACUUCUUGCUAUCUUAGAGUUCUUUGUGUAUAGAGACACUUGGAUGAAGUACGAGUAUGAAGUAGACAAGGAUUUUUCCAGUAAAAUGAGAAUAAAUAUUGACAUCACAGUUGCCAUGAAAUGCCAGCAUGUGGGAGCAGAUAUCCUGGACCUGGCUGAGACCAUGAUCACUUCCAACGGCCUCCAGUAUGAGCCAGUUAUUUUUGAUCUGACUCCUCAGCAGAGACUGUGGCAAAGGACACUGCUCCUCAUACAGAGCCGUCUGAGAGAGGAACACGCUCUUCAGGAAGUGAUUUACAAAACUCUGCUCAAAGGUGGCCCGACUGCUCUGCCGCCACGGGAGGAUGGAUCUGUGGAGCCGCUCAAUGCCUGCAGGAUACACGGGCAUGCUUACGUCAACAAGGUGGCAGGAAACCUUCACAUCACUGUGGGAAAACCCAUUCACCAUCCUCAGGGUCAUGCCCACAUAGCAGCAUUUGUGAGCCAUGAGUCGUACAACUUCUCCCACCGAAUAGACCAUUUAUCUUUUGGGGAAGAGAUCCCCGGCAUCAUCAAUCCUCUGGACGGCACGGAGAAAAUCACCUUUAACAAUAACCAGAUGUACCAGUACUUCAUCACAGUCGUUCCUACCAAACUGAACACAUACAAGAUUUCAGCGGACACACAUCAGUUUUCUGUGACUGAGCGGGAGCGGGUGAUAAACCACGCCGCAGGCAGUCACGGCGUCUCUGGCAUCUUUGUGAAGUACGACACCAGCUCUCUGAUGGUGAGGGUCAGUGAGCAGCACAUGCCUCUGUGGCAGUUCCUGGUGCGACUGUGUGGCAUCAUUGGAGGGAUUUUCUCCACCACAGGCAUGCUCCAUGGGCUUGUUGGCUUCUUUUUCGAUGUUAUCUGCUGUCGUUUCAAACUUGGAGUCUAUCGGCCCAGAGAGGAUGCUCUACAUAACCAGAUGAACAAUCUAAACAAUCACCAGACUCCCCUGUUGGCUGAAAACGUCCCUCAGGAGUAGCUCUUCUUUGGUCGUCUUCAAACUGCUGGUCUGCCUUCUUCCUGGUUCAAACCCCAGGAGAGAAAUGCUCCGUCAUCAGAGACUUUCCUGUGAUCACUAGUGUUGGUCUCUAUGUAAACACUUGUAGUUUUGGAUUCUCUCCACAUUUCCAUCAUAUCAUGAAACUGUGUUUUUCUACUGAAAAGGCGAAGCUGCCUACUAAAUGUUGUGUUGUUAACUGGAGAAUUAGUAAAGUUUUGUCAGAUCCUUGCAAAUUGUGUGCUCCGUGAUUGCACUCUUAAAUAGGGGCAUAAAUCGCAGGGAAACAUGACACAUUAGGAAACAUCCAUCCAUUUUCUACACCACUUAUCCCGUCUGUUUUCCCUUUGUCAUAUUUGGGUACUCCGUGUACAUUAAUGAGAGAAACUAUUACCAUAUUUUGUCCCACCAUUGAAAAAAAAUGUCUGGGUGCCACUGAGUCAGCAACACAUAAGAUUAAAAUAUCUACCAUCCAGAAAUAUUUAGUUUUGUGAACUACAUAAGAUAAAGGUUUAAUGCAAUUUAGAAAACUUGCACUUUAUAUUACGUUUAAAAUAAAGUGCAAGUCUUACUUUGCAGAUUAAAUACACACAAGUUUAUGGCUGUCACUGUUUGACCAGAUUUUCAAACCAAAUGAAGAAUACUGUUGGCACCCCAGGCUAGACCUUCUGUUACGUAAUAUAACAGACACAAAAGAGCAGAACUCUUCAAUAGCCCAACAGCUCUUAAAUUACAACUCCCCACCUUAAUCAAACAAGCUUUUUAUGACUUCUUUAGUCCUUCUGAAAUAAAGAGCCAAGCAACCACAACAACACCAGAGACGUGAGCUUUGCAUAAACAUUUAUUUAGUUUUGUCCCUUUUCCUCCCAUAAAGGCUCAUAGAUGUUAUGCAUUUGUAAUCUGUCAAGAGUCAAGCCUUGCGACACAUACAACACUGUACACAGUUAUCUCAUUUGUUUUUAGUAAAAAUCAGACUUGCCUUUCACACUUAACACUUUUGGUAGACUCUGUGGGAAGCUCUGUGGUGGAAUCCUGUGGAGACACUCACCAAGCAAAAAAAUCAACAGUCAAAUACAACUUUUUGGUAGUUUAUAAGAAUAAUAUGUAGUUCAGCUAUUUACAGAUCUUUCAAACAGGAGUAAGGAUGUGUUACCGGGAGGGUACCUCGUUUAUAAUCUUGCACUUUUGUGAUUUAGGUCCAGACUAAGAUAUUGUUCACAGAUAAUUUAAAAUAGAUUUCCAUCUCUCAUUUAAUAAGGUAUGGCAUCCCUUAAGGCUCUAUAAUUGGCCCGCUUCUUUACCCAGUUUUCUAACGCCUUAUCUGUUCAAGUUCUACUUGUUUGCAGAUGACACUCUUCUCUGCAUUGAAAUCACUUCAAAUGAUUUCCACAUCCUGUCCACUGUACCAGCCUUAUUUUUGCUUUUCUUAUAUAAAGAUUAAGCAGAAGUUCCUUUCCAGGUCUAAUUUGAAUAAAGUCACAAUUUACCAAC